AUGCCUUCCACGCCUGGUUUGGAGGAAUCCUUCCCGGGAGAGGGCAGUGAGCGGAGAGGAGGCCGUACACCCCCCCGAACCUGUGCCCAGGGGCGUGGAUGGGGGACCAGCGUCGCCAAGUCCGCCUGCCUGGCUUCCAUCCCUGGGCAUGGGCUGCGUCCCACCGAGACACAGGCCACGCCCGCAGCUCAGGGAGCACAAGGCUGCACCUCUGGCAUCGCGGGCUUGCACCCAGCACUUGGUACAGGCCGAAGCGGGCUGCGGAGCCCGGCUGGGAGCCUCCCCCGCACUCGCGCGGCGACAGUCGCCAACCCGGGCGCGCGGACGCGCACACACGGGGAUGCUGCGGGGCGCAUUGCGCCCGGUCCCGGCGCCCCCGGCUCGCGCCCCCCGCGCGGGGCACAGCCAGCUCCCCAGGAUCUUGGUCUGACCGCCAGGAUGAAGGUGAGGCGGGCAACCAAGACCUUCGUGCGGAAGCCUCACCGUCUUAAAGAUGGGAGCCUGGGACCCGACACCCCCUCAGGUGGCAGCGGUGGGAGUGUGAGUCAGGAGGGAGAAAAUGGUCAGGAGAGGAGCAGCAGCCCACCGCGGCCAGCAGUCUCAGCUCCCAAGCGGGCCAGUGAGGUCGCUGAGGAGACCGUGUCGGGACGGCAGACGCUGCACGCCCAACAGUCAGAACAGCCGCCGGAGCAGCGGCCACAGCGGCAGCCACACAAGCAAGGGUCAAGACCUCAGCCAGAGCCGCAGCGGCAGCAGGAUGGGCGAGAGCCGCUGCCCCAGCCGCAGCCAGAACUGCAGGAAGAGCCCCGGUCUGUGCCACAGGGGCCGCUGAAACCGCGGCUGCGGCUGAUGCCGCGGCAGAAACCGUCACGGGAGCAGCACAGGCAGGUGCGACGGCGGUCACGGCUGCGGCAGGAACGGUUCCAGCGGCAGGAACUGCAGGAAAAGCCCAUGUGUGUGCCGUAUGAGCCGCAGAGGCAGCUGCAGGAACAAUCAGAGGAGGGGGCUGUGCAGGAACAGCCGCUGCCACAGCUGCGGCAGGAGCUGCAACAGGACCUGCAGCAGGGAUGGCCGCAGCUGCCGCAGCAAGAGGCACAACCGCUGCAGCCAGCAGUCCAGCAGCCUCCGCAGCCACAGCAGCAGGAGCCGUUACAGCCCCAGCAGGAGCAGCUGCAGCCACAGCAGGAGUCACUGCACCCGCAGCAGGAACAGCCCCAGCACCAAGAACAGCCGCAGCUGCGGGAACAGCUGCAGCCGCCGCAGGAACAGCUGCAGCCGCAGCAGGAGCACUUGCAGCUGCAGCAGCAGCUGCAGAAGCAGCAGGAACAGCUGGAGCUGCUGCAGCAGCAGCAAGAACAGCUGGAGCUGCUGCUGCAGCAGCUGCAGCCCCGGCCCCUGGGGCCGGAGGAGGAGGAGGAGGUGGAGCUGGAGCUCAUGCCGGUGGACAUGGAGUCCGAUCAGGAGCUGGAGCGGCAGCGGCAGGAGCUGGAGCGGCAGCAGGAGCAGCGGCAGCUGCAGCUCCAGCUGCAGGAGCAGUUGCAGCAGCUGGAGAAGCAACUGGAGCAGCAGCUGGCACAGCCGCCGGAGGUGCAGCUGGAGCUGACGCCGGUGGAGCCCGGGGUCUGCGGGGAGUGCGGCAAGGGCUUCAGCCGCAGCACGGACCUGGUGCGGCACCAGGCCACGCACACCGGCGAGCGGCCGCACCGCUGCGGGGAGUGCGGCAAGAGCUUCUCGCAGCACUCGAACCUGGUGACGCACCAGCGCAUCCACACGGGCGAGAAGCCCUACGCGUGCCCGUACUGCGCCAAGCGCUUCAGCGAGAGCUCGGCGCUGGUGCAGCACCAGCGCACGCACACGGGCGAGCGGCCCUACGCCUGCGGCGACUGCGGCAAGCGCUUCAGCGUCUCGUCCAACCUGCUGCGCCACCGCCGCACGCACUCGGGCGAGCGGCCCUACGCCUGCGAGGACUGCGGCGAGCGCUUCCGCCACAAGGUUCAGAUCCGCCGCCACGAGCGCCAGCUGCACGGCGCCGGCCGCUCCCGGGGUCUCGGCCUGCUUCGCAGCUCGCGCACGGCUGCCGGGGGCACCCCGCGCGCCGAGCCGGCGGCGGACAAGGCGCCCUGA